CUCGGCGGCCAGUUCAUCUACAUCGGCAACGAAUUUUUUAAACUCCCAGCGCCCAAGAUCACGCGCACGAUUCAAGAUCCAAAACUUUACCAAAGAAAGGAAGCCAUACAGCUCACGAGCAGACCAAGGGAGGUUAAGGGACAGAUACGCCGGUUACCCCAGAGGGAAGAACCAACAUUACAGGCAAAGACGCUAAAGAAAUCCGCACCCCUUAUGGCCGAAACUUACCCUGGUUGCAGGGCUAUUAUCAGGGAAGCGUACGAAUCUAGAGGGUUGUCUGAAGCCUCCAUCUUCGUGAUGACUUCCUCCUUGAGCGAAAGUACCUUAUCGCAGUAUGAUAUUACUUACAAAAAAUGGUGGGAUUUUUGUAGGAUUCAUACUAACAGCUUAUUGAAUCCAACAACAAAUAACGUCAUUGAGUUUCUAAAUGAGCAGUUCGAAAAGGGUUCGAGUUAUUCCACCUUAAACACCUUCCGUUCGGCCUUAAACAUACUUUCUCCAAACAAAAUUGAAGAAAAGUUAAUAAAUCGUUUUUUAAAGGGUGUGUUUAGACUUCGGCCAGUUUUUCCUAAAUAUGGUUUCACUUGGAAUCCGAAUCCCGUAUUAGCUUAUUUAUCUACAUUGUUUCCGUUGCAGUCCCUAAGUUUGCAAGCCCUCACUUACAAAUUAUCCUCUCUACUAGCUCUCUGUACAGCUCACAGAAUACAAACACUUGCGAAAAUAAAAAUAAACAAUCUCGCAAAGUUUGACAACAGGAUCGAAGUUCUAAUUCCAGAAUUGUUGAAGACAUCCGGGCCUUCCAGAGAGCAACCCAGAUUAGUNUGA